AUGUUUUGGAUAUUUUAUAUAUUUAGAUUAGUCUAAUCAACUUGUUCGUACACCAAUUUUGAUUCAUUCUAGUUGAGUAGUGACAGCUUUUAUCAAGAAAAGAGUUAUGUAAGAGGAAAUCCAUAUGCAUUUGGUGUAUGGACUCAAUUUGCUCCAAUUAGAAAAAAUUUCUUUGCAGACAAAUCAAAACCUUAUUUUGAUUCAGCGCCUAUAGUCUUGAUGGGUUUCAUAUCCUUAAUUAUCAAACCACUUUAUGUUACAGGAUACCCAACACUAAUGAUUCUGUAAUAUACAUAGUCUGGAGUGUUUUCCUAUAAGAUUCAGGAGGGACUCUAUUAUUAUGAAGGAUAUUGGGUUUUUACUUAUUUUGGGUUUAACUACGAUAACAAAUACAACUUUGCAUCAUACAGUACAGGGGAUGAUCGUUUUUUUAAUUUUUUGGUCACAAAUAGAAGAUUGAAAACAUAAACAACAAAUGCUAAAUUAGAAUAUGGAGGUUAGGGAUUAUACUUCAUAGGAAUAAAUUAUUUCAAUCUAAAUAUAUUUAUGGGUAGGAUUUCGAUAAUUACUACAUUUGAAAGUUCCAUUACUUUUUUCUCAAAUACAGAUAAAGCAAAAUUUAUUUCAUUUAUUUCAUCAUGCUCUGUUCCUCCAGCAUGUUAAAAUCCUGUUGAAUUAUAUUUUUUUCAUGAAACCUAUAAUUAACGAAAUUAUACAGCUCGCAAUUAUCAAGUGGAUAUGAAAGGGUUGAUCUAUAUGUUUGAUUUUUGGAUUAAGAGAGAUUCUUAUAAAGUAAACACACAAAAAGAAAUCUUACUAUCUUUUGGUGGUAUUUUUUCAACUUUAGAGCGAUUUUACUAAUUAGCAGUAUAUUGGAGAGUAUUAAGUCAAGAUGUUAUAUUGCUUCACAAUUUAGAUGUUUAUUAUUUAGUACCUGGAGAAUAAAUAACUUAGUAUAAUGAUGACUAUCUCAUAUAAUUAUUUAAGCCUAAAUAAAGCUUCGAAUAAUGGAGCUACUUAAAAUAUUAAUUUUAGAAGGUUGGAAUCUAUCAAUAUGUCUACCUUUCAUUGUAUUAAUCUUGCUGUGAUACAUGGGAGUAAUUUUAUGUGCUGAAUUUUCCUUAUUACCAAUAAUAUUCUAAUUAUUAGGCCACAAUAACACUAUUCACAGAAUAGAAAGAUGCAACCAUACUUCCUUUUGAAGGUUUGAUUUCAAAUUUAAGAUUUAAAUACUGUUACAAUUUAGAAUAUCAAUUUGGAAAAGAUUCUAACAUAAAUUGCAAUGCACUUUGUAAAACUUGCAUAGGGCCUGCCUAAUAUGAUUGUGCAUCAUGUUAUGAUGAAUAAAAUAGAUACUUAUAAAUUGAUCUUCAUUAAUGUUAGUGUAAAUCUAACUAUGAAGAAACAGGUAGCUUAAUAUGCCAAAAAACCUUUUUAAGUUCUAUUUCCUAGAAGAAGGAGUUGUAUAAAGAGUUCAAUAUAAUUGAGGUAUAGAACAAUAACAAGUGCAGUUAUGGCUACUUUGAAGCAUGGAAGGGCUUGAAAUUCUUUGGAUGCAUUAAAUGCCCUUAUUUUGACCAAGGUCAUAAUUCAGUAAAUUGCAUUAAUUGUAUACUCAAUUCUCACAAUUGGUAUUUAAACCCAAUUUGUAAUAUUGAUUACAGAACUGAGGAUUCUAAGUUCUAUUAUAACCAAUAAUUAGACUAUCAAUCCAAAGAAAUAUUUAUUAUCAAUUUUGAUUUGAUGGCUGCAGAAUUGUGUCCUGGAUGCGAAUAUAUUACAGAAACAAAAAAUUCGUAAUCCAUUAUUAAGAAUGUGAACGGAUUAAAUACAUAUUAUCAAUGCAAAUAGUAUUUAUAUCCUAAGUAUAAUACAUGUGAUUUAUGUGAAUUGAAUUGCAUUAAGUGCAAAGAUACAGAAACUUGUAUAGAGUGUAAUCAAGGGUUUUAUAUAAAAAAUAAUCAUUGUUAACAAUGUCCUUAAGGUUGCUUAUCAUGUACUUUAGAUAAACAAUUAGAGUAAGUAAAGUGUUUAGAUUGUUAGCAAGGAUACUCUUUAGUUAAUGAUAGUUGUUAAAAAUGUGGUGAACAUUGCUAAAUUUGUAACAUGAAAUUAAACAAAAAUACUGGUAAAGAAUAUAUGAAGUGUUUAAAAUGUAAUUAUAAUGCAUAUAUAUCUCUUGAUGGGGAAAGCUGUUACUUUAAUAAUAUAGAUCUUUGUAUAUAUCCUUUUCAAUUUUCCAUUGUUUCUAGUGCUAUAAAUACUAUAUUUUAUGAUUUUCAACCUUAAGAAUCUCAAAACAUUCGAACAGGUUGUAUCUACUGUUCACCUGUCUCCUACUUAAAUACAGACAAUAAUUUGUUUAAUUGUGGUGCUUAAGGAUCUGAUUAAAUUUAAAGUGGAUGUUAUUAGGCAAUCCUUUAUUCUAGUACCAUAAAUUGCAUUAUUGGUACCAAUCAUUUAAUGGUAUUUGGAUUUGGAUUCUGUACUCAAUUUAUUCCACAUUGUCUUGUUUGUUUCAGGUUAAAUUGGGAAUAUAAUAGUAUAUGUUAUUUAUGUGAAGAUGGUUAUUAUAACGAUUAUUAUACAAGUUUUUGCAAACCAUGCAAUCCAGAAUGUGCUACUUGUAAUUAAGUUGAUUCAUCCUAAGUUGUGAAAUCAUCAAUUGAAUUUAUUUUUAUAAUUUUGUGGUCUAUUAAAGGAAAUGCGGAGUACUAAUUGUUCACAUAAAACCCUAAUAAGAAUGAAAUUGAGAUUAUAUGCACUAACUGUUCAGAUGGCUAUAUUAAAUAUUAUGAUAAAUGUAUCUAAAAAUGUCCUAGUGAUUGUAAGGAAUGCAAAAUCAUUGAUGAUUAGUAGAUAUGUAUUUCUUGCAUUUAAUUUAACGAUUCACACUACCAUGUUUAUAAUGGAAGAUGCAUUUAAUGUCCUUAAAAUUGUAAUAUAUGUCAUCCAAGAACGGAUAAUGAAAAAUUAAUGAUGAAUCCAUAUUUCAACAAUAAAGAUUUAGAAUACUUUUCUCAUAAAUGCAUAGCAUCAUUAUCUAAUGACUUAUAUUACGAUUAGGAUAUUCAUUAAUUUAUCAAAUGUGAUUAUAGUAAUGAAUGCUAAAAAGAAAUUGUAAUUGAAAUUCUAAUUUAUUGUAGCAAAAUUGAUUUAGAAAACUAUCUCAAUUAAUUAAAUGAAGAAUAAAAGGUAAUUUAAAGAAAGUUUCAUAUUCUUUUAGAAAAUCUGGAUUUAUCAUUAUAUGAGUAUUAUGACUAUUUUCUCUAUCUUAAUCAAAAUUUUGUUAAGAUAGUUACUUAUUAACUUACGAUUGCAGAUAAUUAACCAUGUUCUUUGAAUAAGGAGCUAAAGAUCUAAUCAAAUUUAUAAACAAAUACUUUUAACUUGAUUGAAUUAAACUUAAUUUUAAAUGGAUCCGGCAAUACCUUUAAUUUGAAUAAUCACUUAUCCCUUUCAAAUUUUACACACAUAAGAUUUGAAAACCUUGAUCUUCGAAUGUAGACUGGAUAUGUAUCAAUGGAUAAUGUCAAUCGUUAUACUGUAGAUUUUUAAUCCAUUAAAAUCUAUCAAGAUUAAACUGAUAUAUUCUCAUAAGAGUAUUUAAUCUAAAUUAGUGAAUCGUCCAAAAUUAAUAUUUCGAAAUUAUAGAUACAUAACAUUAAUGUUCAAUUUAAAUAUGGCUUAUUUUUAAUUACUAAUAAAAAAAGCAAUUGUAAAUUAGUAGCACUAGAUCUCAUUAUAAAUCAUGUUAAAAUUAUGAAUACAUCAAUUAUCAAUUAUAACACAUCUUAAAAAGUAGAAACUAAAAUAUUAAAUUUGUAUAUUUAAAAUUCCUAAUUCAUAAAUACUGCUCUAAUUGAGUAAUUUUACUAAACCGAAAUUUUAAGGAUGGAUAAUUUUAUUUUUGAAAAUUCAAUUCUAUUAAACAUUACAAGUUUCUUAAAUUUUGAGUAAAUUUAAAAAGCUGAAUUAAAUGGAUUCUCAAUUUUAGAUUCAACUUUAUAAAAUUCAAAUUUUAUAUCAAGCUCUAAAAUUCUGUUUUUGAUAGAAUUCAAUUUAUAAAAACUCUCAUUUUUAGGAUAAUCCACAUUACUAAUUAAUCAAGAAAACUUAUCUCUUGAAUUAAUUUAAAUUAAAAAUGGUAAGAUCAUUGAUAAUAUUUAUUCAAACAAAAAUGCUUUAAUCCUAUUAUUAAAUUCAGAUUCUGUAUAUCUUAAUAAUAUAGAAUUUAUCAACAAUGCUAUUAAUAUUGAUAAUUAAAAAGAUUCUCUUGUUAAGAACAUUGAAUUGUCCAUAAUCAAUAUUGAAUCUAAUACUGUUAUAUUUGAUACUUUGAUCAUUCAAAGAGGAAUAGGAUAUACUGAAUUCACUAUUAAAAAUGCGAAUACUUUUAAAUUUAUGAACUCUGUAAUAACAUUACACUAAAAAUAUUAUUUUACAAGUCUAUUUAAUAAUUAAGAAUGCAAUUUUCAACCAUUCAAUUAAUUCAUGUACAAUACUCUUAUGAAUUUAUAAAAUAGCUCAUUUAUUUAUUUUUCAAAUACAAAUAUCACUGAUAUUAUAUUAUAUGAUUCAGUUUUAUUUGAAAUCCAAAUGCUGUCAUAAAUUAGCUCAUAAUUUUUUUUUAUAAACUGCAAUUUUUCCUCAAACAUUUUGCAUCAAGUAAAUAAAUAUGAAAAAGUAUCUUUAAUAUCAAUUAAUUCUAAUUAUUAUUUGAAUUUGAAUAUAACAGAAGUUACAUUCUCCUAGAAUUUAUUAAAUUUAUUAAAAGAAAGUAGCCCUUAAAAACAGAGCCUGAUUUUAUUAGUGGAAGCAUAUUAAGCCACAAGUACUAUAAGUAGUUGUUUAAUCCAAAAGAACAUGAUUUUGAAUGGUCAAGGAUCUCUUAUGUAUAUUGACGCUGACUUAAUUAUUUUGAACAAUACAAAGUUUUUUCAGAAUUCAGCAUUUGUCUAUGAUACUUUAAAGUAAUUCCUCAGAUGGGGUUUGACAGGAGAAAUCUAUUUAGAAGAAUUGUAGAAAUUAUAUAUUAGUUCUAGCAGUGGAGGAAAUGGAAAUUUUUAAGCCCGAUAAAUUAUAUUAAACAUGAUUAUAUUAAAAGACUCUAUCUCAGUCUAAGGUGCUGCAUUUUCAUUGAAAAUGAUAGAAAAUGGAAAUUUACAGAUUAAAAAUUCACACUUUGAAAAUUUGCAAGCAGAAUUACUUGAAUCUUCAUAAGGAGGAGCCUUUCAUAUCUAAUCUUAAUCAUCAUACUUAAGAAUUGAGAUAAUGAAUACAAUAUUUAUGGAUAUUUCCUCCAGAAAGAGCGGGAGUAUAAUUUAUAUUAUACCUUCAACAAAAUUAUUCAAUAUCUCUUUACUCAACUCUACAUUUGAAAAUAUUUUUUCAAUUUAAGGAGGCUUAAUAUACAUAGAAAAAUCUAUCCAUUAAUUACAAAUUGUUCAGAUGGAAAAAUGUAAGUUAUCUUAAAAUUUGGAUAAAUUUAAUACAUUCAUUAAUUCUUUACAAGAUAUAUCAAAUAAUGAAUUAACAACUUUGACAUAAGAUUAUUCAUUUAUCUAUUGUUAUGAUUGCUAAUUUUAAAUAAGUGAUUUAUGUGUAAUAAAUUAUCCACCUACCCCAUUAUUUUAAUUAUAUGGAAGUACAAUCCUCAAGAAUAUUUCAAUACAAAAUAUUAUAUUUUCUAAUCUAAUCAUGCUCUUUUCUCCAGUAAGAUAGUCUGAUUAAAUAAUUCUUCAUAAUAUAGAAUUUUACAAUUCCACUCAAAUUCAGAUAACUGAAAACAAUAUUCCUUCAAAAAGAAAUGCAGACAUUUUAAAUAGUAGCAUAAGAACAUCUUGUAAUCAAAAUUUAAUAGAUGCUCCUUCAACAAUUUUAAGUUUUAAUGAGAGUUUCUCUAAUAUUAAUCAAAUAACACUUUUAGAAACUUUUUUCUCUUAGAUAUAAUCAUCAACAGUAACUAUGAUAUCAUUUUAAUUUACAGAUUAAUAUCAAUAACAAAAAAUAUAACUUUCUGAUAUUAUUCUCUAAAACAACAAAUGCAGCAAGUGCUCAAAUGGUCUAUUGAAUUUUGAGAAUAGAAAGAAACCAUCCAUAAUUAUUUAAAAAAUCUCUAUAUCUAAUUCGUAUUGUGGGAAAAAUGGUUGUAUUUCUUUCAUUUCAUAAGAUAGCCGUAUUCUUUAAAGUUAAGAUUAUAAUAGCUCUAUAGCUAAUUCUGCUAUCAGAAUAGAGAAUUUGUAAUGCAUCAACAACUAAGCUUAAUACGGAGGUUGUUUGUUUAUCUAAAAUCAAAUCAUUUCAAUUAUAAGAAGCUUGAUAGUUGGCAAUAAGGCAGUAUAUGGAGGAGCUAUUUUUACAAAAGGGAUUAAUGCAACAUUAAUUUCAGAGAAUUUAGUUAUUACAAAUAAUUCAGCUUAAUUUGGAAGUGGAAUCUAUAGUGAAGAAAACUUGAUAAGAAAUGUUAAAGGAAUCGAGUUGAUUGACAACUAUGGAUUGAAUCAAAUUGACGAGCAACCUUAAUAACUUUAUAUAUAAAUCUUUUAAGACUAAAUAAUUAAACCAACAAUUGUAUAAAAUUCUAAAGUUGGCCAGACAUCUUAAAUAAUUGGCAAAGAUAGAUAAAAAUCAAUUAUUCAUAUACCUACUGGAAUUCCAUUAUCAGAAUAUAGGAAAUUUGAAUUAGAGAAUAAUAGAUACAAUUAAAAAACUAUGUAAAUGAAAUUAUAUGCAGUUAAUUCAUAAUUAGAAAUAGUUAGAAAUCUCACGAAUACUUAUUGUGAAUUACAAAUAAAUAAUGUGAACAGCCGAUAAGAACAAAAUUUAUCUUUAAAUAAAAAUAAAAUUUACUUUAAUUAAUCAACAUUUUCCUAUAAUUUAGAUGAUUUAAUCUUUUACAUUCCUUCAGAUUCAAAUUAAACCUUUGAGCUUUCUAUUAAAUGUAAUAGUAUUUAUAUUCCAAUAAUAAACAAUAUAAGUCAUUUAAUAGAAGGAUUUCAUUAAAACUAUAUUUUGAGUUUAUUGAUUAAGCCUAAUGACUGUUAAGUGGGAGAGUACAGUUAAACCAAAGAGGAUUAUUGCCACUAAUGCAGAGUAGAUUAAAAAUAAUACUCUGUAAUUGUAGGGGCUACUAGUUGCCAAAUUGUAGACGAUCAAAAGAUUUAGGAAAUAACCUAAGCUUAAAUAUUCUUAAAAAAGGGUUAUUGGAGAAUGAAAGUGACUACUUCUACUAUAGACUUGUGUUUAAAUAAUCAGCAAAAUUGUAUUGGAGGAUGGGGAAUUGGAAAUGAUUUAUGCUAAUAGGGCUAUAUAGGAGCUCUUUGUGAAUAGUGUGAUUAUUUUAAUGUGAGAGGAGGAGGAAAUUACUAAAGAGAGGGAUUUUUUAUGUGUUAAAUCUGCUAAAAUGAUAGCCUAAAAUAGCUAUUUAAUUUCUUGAUUACGAUUUUAAUAUUUGUAUGCCUACUUCUAAUAAUUAAUUAUUUGUCUAAAAAAAGACUUUAAUUUAUUCGUUUGAAUGUUAACCAGUUUAAAAUACCUUUUCGAUAAGGUUUUUUUAAGUCAGAAGAAGCCCUUAUGGGUUAGAGUAUUAAGAUUAUAUUGUUCUAUUUUCAAAUUAUCAGUUAUACAUAAGAGUUAUCUUCUGUAUUUUCUGAUUAAGUCUAAUAAUUUAUUCACUUUUUAGGAGAUCCAUUUACAUUAUUAGGAAUAUAUAAAGAAUGUUAAUUAAUAAACUUAGAAGUUAGUGUGCUGUAUUUAUAGAUCUUAUAAAAUUUUAUUUGCAUGUUGAUAUUGAUGACUACAUUUGUCUGUUUUUGCUUUGCUAAGAUUUUCAUCUCAUAAUUUAAAAUCACAUAGAUGGAAUUGUUUAAUUUCAUCUAUUUAAUAUAUGUUUUCGUUGUUGGAAGUUUUCUACGAUCUAUGAUUCAACUUAUAGCUUUUAGAGAUAUUUAGAAUGUGUAUUGGAUUCACAAAAACGUUUCAUAUGAUUACACAAAUACAAAUCAUCUGAGAUUAGUAUUUAAUUAAUUUUUACCUAUUGGUAAUAGGCCUGGGGAUAGUUUUACCUUAUUUAUUACUACAAAACGAAUCCCCUUUAAAGACUUUGGAUUCUGGUUUACAUCUUACUCAAACGAUCAUUAACAUUGGGAAUUUUAUAAAUUUUUAUUGGUUAAUGGAUUGAUAUGCAUAAUCAUAAUGAUUGAUGCAAAUGCUACAAUAAAAGGAGUGUUAUCUUAUUCCUUAUUAAUCAUUUAUACUAAAGUCUGUUAAGACAAUAAAAUCUAUUAUCAUAAAUAGAUGAAUAGAUUUGAAACCUAACUAAAUAUCAUCAGCAUCAUAAUUUUAAUAUCUUGUACACUAUUUUCAAUAUAGGAAAAUUAAGGUUCCAUAUUGAAAACUGUAAUUUUGAUCUUCAUAAAUUCUCUAUUUAUUUUUGGUGGAUUAUUCAUGUUUCUACAUUUAUGGAAAUUAACUUCCUAAUACAUAAAAAGGGUAUUCUGCAAAGUAUUUGAAUUAUUAGGAAAAUUUCAUCAGCUAUUUAUUAAGCAUAACAUAUUCUAAUCUCAUUCAAAAAGUUCCAUAAAAUUAAGAAAAAAGCGAUUUGAAUUACUAAGGGCUUUUUUAAAACAGCAAAGCAAAACAUAAUUAUUAAUUAAAAAAGAAUAUUAAAGCUCAGAAGAAAAGAAUUAGACUUUAAGAUUUUGA